CUGUCACCGAGCCAGAAGAAGAAAUGAGAGGAAGAGACGGGCAAGGGAAACAAAAAUAAACAACACGAUAAAAAAAAAAAACAUAACUAAUAAUGCAGCGUUAACAGAGAAAUUUCUCCUAAAAUUUAAACACGUUUCCACCGUUUCAUCAGGAGAGGAGGUCAUGGCGUUUGUCACAGCGAACUGGAACCCUCUGGGCGAGGCCUUUUACAGAAAAAUUGAAUUGUAUGAGAUGGGCUGGAAUCUGAAGGAUGGUUUGAGAGAUUGUCUGGUUGCUGCAGCACCUUAUGGUGGUCCCAUUGCUCUCUUAAAAGGGCCCAACCGUCGCUCUCCCAGUGCCAGACCUCAAUUAGAGAUCUACUCUUCCUCUGGACUGCCUCUGACCAAUUUUCCUUGGAAGAGUGGAGUGGUGAAGCAGUUGGGUUGGACAGUGUCUGAUGAUCUGCUGUGUGUUCAGGAGGAUGGCACUGUUCUUGUCUAUAAUCUCUUGGGUGACUUUAAGAGACACUUCAGCAUGGGCAAUGAAGUUUCUCAGAGCCAGGUGCUGGAAACUAAGAUUUUCCAUUCACCAUAUGGGACUGGAGUUGCUAUAUUGACAGGUGCCUUACGGUUCACUCUGGCCACAAACAUUGAUGACAUCAAACUGAGGCGGCUACCUGAGGUUCCAGGUUUACAGGCAGCACCCUCAUGCUGGGCAGUCCUGAAUCAGGAUAGGCAAAGUAAAGUGCUGGUUGCAACUGGAGCUCAUCUAUAUGUCCUAGACAAUACUGCCUGCAUUCCUGUGACUCCCCCAGGUCUCUCUCCUCAAGCGUCUAGUUCCAGUAUAGUGCAUAUGUGUGUCUCAUUCAGUUAUAAGUAUCUAGCUAUCCUCACUGAAUCUGGCCAUGUGUGGAUGGGCACAUCUAAUUUAAGGGAUAAACUGUGUGAAGUGGACACCAAAAUCAAAUCUCCACCCAAACAGAUGGCCUGGUGUCGUAGGCCCAAGAGUCAGCAGCCAUCUGUAGUGAUAUUGUGGGAACGACUCCUUAUAGUGGUGGGAGAGUGCAAAGACACAAUUCAAUACCACUUGGACGACGACUCCGUUUUAGUGCCAGAACUGGACGGGGUCAGAAUCAUAAAUGGAACACACCAUGAGCUUUUACAGGAGGUCCCAGGUGCCUGUGAGGAGAUCUUUAAAAUUGCCUCAAUGGCUCCUGGAGCUUUACUCCUUGAGGCACAUAAAGAAUAUGAGAAAGAAAGUCAGAAGGCAGACGAGUAUCUGAGAGAGAUUAAAGAACAGAGUCUGCUCAGUGAGGCUGUGAGACAGUGUGUGGAGGCAGCCGGACACGAACAAGAACCAGAGACACAGAAAACACUCUUGAGGGCAGCCUCAUUUGGGAAGUGUUUCCUGAGUAAUUUCUCUCCUGAGCAGUUUGUCAGCAUGUGUAGAGACCUGCGGGUCUUAAAUGCAGUCAGAGACUAUACCGUCGGCAUUCCUCUCACACACACGCAGUUUAAACAGAUGACUGUACAGGUGCUUAUAGACAGAUUGGUGUAUCGUAAACUCUAUCCACUGGCCAUUGAGGUUUGCCGCUAUCUUAAAACUCCAGAAUAUCAGGGAGUGAGCAGAGUACUUAAACACUGGGCAUGCUACAAGGUACAGCAGAAGGAGGAGUCUGAUGAGGUCAUAGCAAAAGCAGUAAGCGUGAAGCUUGCUGAUGCUGCUGGGAUCUCAUAUUCUGAAAUCGCUACUAAAGCAUAUGAGAGUGGACGCACAGAGCUCGCCAUUAAGUUGUUGGAGUUUGAGCCACGCUCUGGAGAGCAGGUCCCACUGCUGUUAAAAAUGAAGAAAAGUUCUCUGGCUUUGAGCAAAGCUAUUGAGAGUGGAGACACAGACCUCGUGUACACAGUGGUCAUGUACCUGAAGAAUGAGCUGAACAGAGGAGACUUCUUCAUGAUGUUAAGGAACCAGCCUGUGGCUUUGAGUCUCUACAGACAGUUCUGUAAACAUCAGGAACAGGACACGUUGAAGGAUCUGUUCAAUCAAGAUGACGAUCAUCAAGAACUCGGCAAUUUCUAUGUAAAGGGCAGUUAUAAAGAGCAGAGAUUGGAUGCUCGAAUUAAUAAUUUACAAAGUGCAGUGGACGAGUACAACAAAGCCAAGAAUGAAUUUGCUGCUAAGGCCACAGAAGAAGAGAUGCGUCUGCUUCGGUUCCAGAAGAAGUUAGAAGACGAGAAGGGUGAGAUGUUGGUGGGUUUCUCUCUUCAUGACACCAUGACCACGCUGUUGUCUGUGGGACUGCACAAACACGCCGAACAACUCUACAAGGACUUCAGAGUGCCUGACAAGAGGUUCUGGUGGUUAAAGCUAAAGGCGCUGGCUGAGAAGGAGGACUGGGAAGAGCUGGAGAAAUUUGCCAAAAGCAAGAAGUCUCCUAUUGGAUAUCUGCCAUUUGUCGAGGUGUGCAUAAAACAUCAUAACAAAUAUGAAGCCAGGAAAUAUGUGUCUAAAGUCACACCAGAGCAGAAGGUCAAGGCUCACCUUGCUGUAGGGGAUCUGGAGAGUGCCGCGGAGGCUGCUAUUGAGAGAAGGAAUGAAACAGAGAUCAGUUCUGUUCUUUCACGCUGUUUAGCCACCACAGAUCAUGCUUUAAUUGAUCGCCUAAAUCGUGCUAAAGCCACUGCUGCCAAAAAGUGACCUAUAUAUGUCAACCCUGCUCAACUGAACUGUACUGCUGCCAAACCCCUGUGCAACCCCUGUGCACCCAAAGCAGCUCAUAGCAGUUUACAGAUUUUGCUUUCGGCUGUGUAAUGGAAAGUUAUAAUGAAAAGUCGGCACAAAGAAUGGCUGAGACAGAUGGGGGGAGUUAGGAGAAAUGUCUGGGUGGAUGAACAGACAGAAUGAAGGACAGCAAGAGAACUUGCAUGUCAGCAUUUGUGUUUUCCUGCAUCUAUUGGACAGCCAAAAGCAGUUCCCAUUUCCCCCUGCACUAUAAACAUUGAAAACCUUUGAACCUGUAAUUGCAUUAUGAACAAUUGUGUGUUUGUUGUAGAAUCAUACAUGUCUCUGAUCAUAUGUCUUGUGUAAAAAAUAAUCUGCCUUUAUGAAAAUAACCUAAACACUUAUGGAAUCUCUGUUGUUUUAAUUAAACCAUUAAGUCACA